UUCCCAUUGGGAGCAGCCCGUCUAUUAACCCCUUAUAUCCCCAUCCUGAUAUUGUACAACCAAUACAGUCCAGAUAAUUCUCUGCUAUCCAUUAAUACAGAGAAAACCACAUGACCCACCAAUGAGGAUGGUGAGGAGAGAUUCACAUGACUGAGAGAUACUAAACCUCAUCCCUAUUAAUAAAACUACCUGCUGACCGGAGAGAGAUUUCCUCUUCUGAAGUCAGGUGAUCAUAUGACCAUCACAGUGCCUCCAUGUGACUCCCUAAACCCUGAGAGACACAACAUGCAGAAGAUUCUAGAAGUCACCAAGAAGAUGAUGGAGCUGCUGACAGGAGAGGUUCCUAUAAGGUGUCAGGGUGUCACUGUCUAUUUCUCCAUGGAGGAGUGGGAGUAUUUAGAAGGACACAAGGAUCUCUACAAGGACGUCAUGAUGGACAAUCAGCCGCCCCUCACAUCACCGGAUGGAUCCAGUCAUGGGAACCCACCAGAGAGAUGUCCCCGUCCUCUGUAUUCCCGGGAUUCCACACAGGAAGGUCACACCAUCCCUCACCAUCAUCAGGUAGAUGAGGAACAAUCACUGAUAGUAUCAUUAGGAUCUGUACAUUAUCUGCAUUGUUACCAACUCAUAGAGAUGAUGAUAUUUUCUCUCACCUUGAUUUAGAGUGGAGAUCAAUCGAUAUGAAUUUGAGGUGAAAGCAGAAGAAGAAGAGGCGUAUGUGAGGGAUGAUCAGCAGUCUAUGGAGGAGGAUGGAAUAACGGGGACAUUUAUAGAGGAGGACACUCCUACAGAGAUCAGCACA